CCCAACUCGUCACUCCCAUUCCAUCCACCUCCAACCCACUCGACCACCACGAUAGCGAAAUAAACUUCCAAGAUGCCGCCCAAGAAAGAGAAGAAAGAGCAGUUCAAGGGCGAUCAAGCCUCGGAGAUGAUCUUUGAGUACCUCGAACAGCAGAACCGGCCUUACUCCGCUGCGGACGUGAGCUCCAACCUUCACAAUGCUGUUACCAAAGCGACUGCCACCAAAAUCCUCAAGGAGAUGCACGAAAGCGGGCAGAUCGAGGGAAGGGUCUCGGGAAAGCAAAUUGUGUACCACGCCAUCCAGAGCCCUACCGAGAACUCCAGCGAAGAAGACCUCAAGGCGAUGGAUGAGGAGAUCGAAGGCAUCAAGGCGGAAACCGCCGCCCUCAAGGCCUCCAUCAAAGCCGCGCACGCCUCCCUCGCGGCUCUCAAGUCCACGCCCAGCAUUGACGCACUGAAUGACUCCAUCGAGGUCGUCGAGGCCGAGGCUGCGGCGCUGGAGGAGACGCUCAAGGGACUCCGUGCUGUCUCCGAGACUCCGGUUGCGGAUCCGGCUACGCGCGCUGCUGCCGAAAAGGAGUAUGCCUUCCUAGAGAAGGAGUAUGCUAGACGCAGGAAGCAGUUCAGGGAGUUUUGGGGGAUGGUGUGUGAUGGCUACGAGGGAGAUGUGAAGGAGUUGUGGGAAAAUGCGGGACUGGAGGGGGAUAUGAUCUAG